UGAAGGAUAUUUGACAUUUUUUGGUAAAUUUUUUUUCUGUCAACCGACGUAUAAAUGUACCGCCUUAAUAUAUACAGAAGAGAAAAAAAGAAUUGUGUUAUUUUCUAAGUGCCUUUUAAAAAAACAAUAAAUUUGUGUUUAUAAAAUGAACUAGGAGUAAAAUCUGUCAGUUUACAUAAUUCAUCUCUUUACAAUAUAUAGUUAUAUGGAUUGAAUGUUUUCUCUCCACGAUUUAUCAACUCGAUUUUCCUAAUAACAUAAUGUCCAGAAAUUGCACUGUGAACUAUUAAUCGAAGGACCAUGGACACGUCAAGUGACUAUAAUGACUCUUCGUGCUACAAUUCACUGUUUCUUGCCAUUCAUGAUGGUAAACUAAAUAUUGCUCGCAAUUUACUAGCGGCAGCUAGAGGACACGAAGAAAUUGUUCGACUUUUCACAAAACGCGAUGCAGACGGCAACACUCCUCUGCAUCUUGCAGUGAGGGAAAACCAUGCUGCAGUAUUCGAUUUGCUAGUCGAAGAAUUUAAUGUCAACUCGAGAAAUUACAGGGACGAAACGCCACUGCAUCACGCUGCAGCGAAUGAUCGCUUUGAGUUCGCAAAGUCUCUUCUGGAAAACGGCGCGAUUGUUAAUGUCAAAGAUGCUAAAGGACGAACGCCUCUUUAUCUUGCUAUAUCGAAACAAAACGUUCAGUUGGCAAAACUUCUGUUUAAAAAUGGCUCUUUUCUGAGUGAAGAAUGUUGUAACGAACUUCAACGCCAUUCCACAGUCGAUUUUAAAAUAUUUGAAGCAUUCAAAAAGCAACAGACAAAAAAAUGGGACGAAUUCAGUACUGUAACCAACGAAAACUGUCCUCUUGUAUCAGCUGUGUCAUUUGGUCAUUUAGAAGUUGUAAAAUACCUGAUGAAAAACGGAUAUAAAAACAGUAAAAUAAUAGAGAAAGAUGGGAAGCUUCUUUUAGAAACGUGUUUAAAGUAUAAAUAUUUAGAUAUUUUGAAAUAUUUAAUUGAUGCUGGUGUGAAAGCGAAAGAAAAUUUGUUAGAUUGCGCUAUGCGUUGGAGCAAGUAUGACAUUUGGAAGUACUUAUUAACAUCUAAUUCUAAAGCGAAUGCAGAUACAUCUUCACAUGAGUCAGAACUUCAUUCGGCCAUACGCGCAGGACAAGUGGAACUCGUCAAAGCAAUUGUAAAUAACCCAGAAGACGAAUGCGAACCUACUUCUGAAGCUGGCAAAUUAGCCGUUCACAUUGCCGUUGAAAAUGGCGACGAAGAUGUGCUGGCAAUUCUUCUAAGUGAGGGCUUUUCAUUCGAGGGUUGCCUUGAAUUUGAAGGUAUAAAACCUCUUCACGUUGCUGCAACAUUUGAGAAUACGAGAUUAACGGAAUUAUUAUUGAAAGCCGGAGCUGACAUUAAUUCAAAAUCUGUUGGAAAUUACACCCCAUUACAUUUUGCAGCAUAUGCAUUACAACCAACUGCUGUCAAAUUUCUGUUAGAAAAGGGUGCUGAUCCUCACAUUGAACUGAGCGAUUAUAGUAAAGCGACACCUUUAUUAAAGGUUUUAGAAAUGUUUUCUCCUUUUAUACAUCCUGUGACCGUUACUGCUUCAAUGUUUAAAAAUUUAGUGAAAAUUACAGAAUUGUUAACUCCAAGAGCGAUGAAAAAAAGCGAUCAGAAAUUAGUGUCAACUGCAUGUAGUAUAAGAGUGAUAAUUAAUGACAAUGAAUUUGAGAUGAACGCCAGCAAUUCAGAAUUUCGUCCCGAUAUUCUAAGAUGUAUAUUUAGUUACUUAUCUGAUGAGGAAAUCAAGAAUCUUUCAAGAUUUGCCUUGAAUGCAUAUCGAUUAACGUCCUCACCAGAAUGUUUAUAUUCACUGAUAGAAUAUGACGAUUCGAGAUCAUGUGAAGUUGUUGAAGCUCGUGAUUUUGACAAUUCGGAGUGCGAAUUGCUUUUAAUUGGUUACACGAAAAACAUUAAGUCUCUCAGGAAUGUUGAACCCAAAAUUACCUACGAUUCAGAUCAUGCUAAAGUGAAAGUAGAUGAGAAAAAUUUGUUGAAGUUGAUUGUGGCGCGUUUAGUGUUAUUAACCGCCGACAACUAUAAUCUAAGAAAGUUGAAGAAUUGGCCAAGAUACAAUAUUAGGAGUUGGAAAAUGAAGUGUGUAGAGCAAAAAGUCAGCAUGAAGGAAACAAAGGUUCUCGAGAGUUUAAAUAUCACUUUCUACGAUAUAUUGACUACAUCAGUCAACAAGCUUGCAAAGUACACGAGGAACGAGAAUUUUCUCCAAAGCCUAGAAUCUUCAUACAGCGAUUUUCCGGCGUAUGCUGCAUUCUUGAAAGUCAGAAUUGAAAUGGCAAGAAGGAGAAAUGAUUUAGUGGACGAGUGUGUGAAUCUUAUGUACAAUCUGGUUGGAAGAAAUUACAAAAUUCGAAUUUCAAUCUCCGAUAUGGAUCACAUUUUUCAGUAUCUUUUAGCAGUUGAUUUGAGAAGAUUUUCAGCGGCAUGUUCUUAAAGUGUAUUUUCAGUGUUAAGAGAAAAUUAGCUUUUGCGUUUGAAGUGUUUUCAUUUUCUAAAAAUUAAAUUAAAUAUCAUAAUUGAAAAUUCUCUAAAUUUUCUGAAAAAUGUAUUUUAUAUUUUAAGUCUCGUCUGCAAUGUUACUCUUCAUUAUCACUAUCGUCUCCGUCGAAUGAAUAAGCGCUUCCUCAUAGAAGAAUUGUCUUAACAAAUUUUCAAAUUUGAUUUUUUCACUUUUCUUUACGUUCCCUACGACCGUUUUCUUACGUUUAGUAUAACUUGUCAAUGCUCAUUUUUUAAUCUGUAAUUGAACAUUUUUCUGUAAUGCCAGACAAAAUUAUUAACAUUUUAAAAAAAUUUAUGUUAACAACGCAGUUUAUAAUACUGACAAUAAUAUGAAAAUCAUA